AUGUCCCGGCCACGGCUAGAAAGAGGAAGAGAUGAAUUUGGGAACCGGUUUGAGGUAAACAACUGCUCUGCUUGUUACCACUGGGUCAGCACCAAGCCCCGGGCACCUGCUGUCUUCUCUGUGGGUUACAAAGGCUGCCACGUGCUGGAGAAGGAUGGGCGCUCCCACCUGAGGGUGCUCAUCGAAGCCAUGCUGCCCGAUGGUCGAGUUGAUGCAACACAAGAUGUCACUCUGAUUUGUCCUAAACGGCCACGCCUGGACUCCGACUCCCAUCCGGCACUACCCAUGGGCUUCUCCCUUCCCAGUCCUCAGGCCCGGCCCCUCCGCCCCAUCCCAGAGCACGGCUUUGUCUGUGCAACCCCUGCCUUGCCGUCCCUCGGACCUGGACCCAACCCAUCCCAGGUUAAACCCCAGUGGGGCACCCUGGAACACCGGGGGGUGGACGAGCCACCUUACCCAGGUGUGCGUCUGACUCCGGGGCGGUGCCAGGUGUCCUCCAGACCCAUCCCCUGUGGAGUGAGAAGUUCAGAGGAAGCCUGUCUGCAGGCGGGCUGCUGCUUUGACAACAGCGGAGAGGUUCCCUGUUACUAUGGCAACACAGCAACUGUCCAGUGCUUCAGAAAUGGCCACUGUGUCCUGGUGGUGUCCCGAGAAACAGCCUUGGCACAUGGGAUCACACUGGCCAACAUCCACAUGGCCUGUGCCACCACCAGCUGCUCCCCAGCCCAGGAGACCGGGUCCUUCGUGGUCUUUCGCUGCCCGUUCUCCCACUGUGGGACCACGGUCCAGGUGGCCGGCAACCAGCUCAUCUAUGAGAAUCAGCUGGUGUCUGACUUUGAGGCCCAAACGGGGCCACAGGGCUCCAUCACGCGGGAUGGUACCUUCUGGCUUCACGUGUGCUGCGUCUUCAACACUGGUGAUUUCCUGCCACUCUGGGCGUCCAUCUUCCUGCCGCCCUCGCGCCCCAUGACCCAGUCCGGCCCCCUGCGGCUCCAGCUUCGGAUCGCCAAGGAUGAGACUUUCCGCUCCUACUAUGGGGAGGGGGACUACCCCCUCGUGAGGCUGCUGCGCGAGCCUGUUCCGGUGGAGGUCUGGCUCCUGCAGAGGACAGACCCCAGUCUGGCCCUGCUGCUGCACAGAGAGGCCGCCCCCGGCGCCAGCACCCUGCAGCAGCCUCAGUGGCCCCUCCCGUCCGACAGGUGUCCUUUCGACGGUGACAGCUACAGGUCCCGACUGGUAGCCUUGGAUGGGGCAGAGCUGUCCUUCCCAUCCCACUACCAGCGCUUCAUCGUCACCUUCGCCCUCCUGGACCCCGGCUCCCAGAGGCCCCUCCGGGGAUGGGGAAGAAGCGCCGUUUACUUCUUCUGCAGCGUCUCUGCCUGCUCCCCUUCGGGGCUGGGGACGUGCCCCACUGUGUGCAGCUCUGGGCCUGCGAGACAGCGACGAUCCUACGCUCCCCACAGCAAAGCUGCCAGGCCCCAGAACCUCAUGAGCUCUCCAGGGCCAGUGGGCUUUGAGGAUUCUUCCAGGCAGGAGCCUCUGCCGGGGCCCACAGGCUCCCCCGGGAACGCCAACCCGGGGCCUCUCCUCUGGGUGGUCCUGCUGGUGGCUGUUGCCCUGGUCCUGGGGGUCGGUGUUUUCAUGCGCCUGACCCGAGCCCAGCGCAGGAGUUCCAGUGAAGGCAACGGAGGGUGA